AUGUCAGAAAGCACUGAAGAAUAUAGAUCAACUUAUGCCAGAAUUAGACAUUAUCUUGAUAAGGAAGAGUACGACCCUAACUUUUCCACCAUCCUAUCGAACUAUUUCAUUGAGAAUUUUCUAAAAAUUAAGCCCCGUCCUUGAUCAAGCAAUUUUCAUAUGGUAGCUAAAAACCAUUUUUAAAUCUAAAUAUAUAUAUCUGAUAAUAAAAAUAUUAAAUAUCUUUUUAAUCACUUCUAUGAAAUUAUAAUAAAUUUCUAUAAUGGUGAUUCAUCUUUAGUGUAUAAAAAUUUUUAAUAUAUUUUUUAAAAAAAAAAUACUUAAUCCUUGAGGAUGAAGAUUAAGGAUUUUCUUGACGAAAUUUCAAGAAACAUCGAGAAAUUCGAAAAAGGUGAAAUGCCUCAAGAACAAGCGACUUCUUUUGUCAACACUUAUCUGCCUAAUUUUAUCAAAACUCUGCUGGAGAGAAAAUAUUAUCACUUAAACUACCAAGCUCAAAUAGGUGCAAACGAGUUCUUAAAGAAAACCUUGCUGUUUUGUAUAAAAUACCUUAAGCCAGAAAACCAUGGGCUAAUUGACAUUCUAAUCAAAAUUUUUACUGAAGAAAAAACUUAUACCAUUUUUUUUGAAUUUUUUAUUAAAAAUCAAAUAGAAUUUAAAUGAAAAAUAUAUAAACGUCCUUUCCUAAAUGGAAUAUUACGAUAAUCGCUAUACCUUGAGAUCUCAUGAGAUUGAGCUUGUCAUGAGAGAAAUGUGAAACAAAGAGCACGAGGAAAGAGUCGGCGACCCAGAAACCCUAGAAAUUACCCCAAGAUUUGCAAUAGUCCAAAACUGUUGUUCACUGAAUUGCUUUUUUACAUAUAAUUUGAACUUUUUUGGCAUCCAUGGAGGCUUUAACAAGGUUUUAUCCUAUAUAACUAGUGAUCCUCACCCUCCUAUAGACCACAUGCAUAUUUUUCUCGUUUGGUUUCUUAAUUUAAGAGAAUUCCUCGAUCAUGACGUCUGGAAAAAGCAUGCCAAAUUAUUUUAUAAAGCCACGAUAAAAGCUGUUAUGAGCUUAAACGAUGAAGAAUUCAGGUCAGCCCCUAAACAAGACAUCCAGACCUUAGUGAGCCACUUAAUCCCCCACAGUCUUUUUUUAAUAAAUUUGUAUAGUAAAUAUUUUUUCUUGAAAUUAAAAAAAUCCCAAUUCGCAAAAAACGAAAAAAUUAAUUUAAUUUGUAAAAAAUUUAUGUUUUAGAAUGCAAGCUGCUUAAAAUUCAACAAUUUAAUUAGAGAUUUUAUUAUAUUAAUUAAAGUAUAAAAUUUUUUUCUUGGGAUUUUAGCCAAAAAUACGGAUAUUUCCAAUCGCUUCGUUAGCUCAUGAGGGGAAGGUUAGAAACCCUACUAGAAAAACUCUACACAGAAAGCAAAAUCGGCCGAAUUUUGGAAAACUUUGAGCUCGACUUGUCAAUGAAAUGCUUAAAAGGGAUCAAUUUAGAAAAAAGGAUCCACGGGAUUACUGAAAUUUCUUUAAAAAUUUCCCAAGCUAAGCACAAAGACGAAGACGACAAAAGAUUAAGCAAAGGUGGGUAUAUUUAUAAAUCAGAUUACCACGAUACAGCUAGAUGGCUUACAACCCAAAGACUUUUACAAUGAAUCGACAACCACAACCUAUUUGAGCUCAUAUUCGGCCCUAGCAGCCACCCUCAGUUGGUAAAGCGCAGCGCUGACAUUAUCCGUUUUUUAUAUUCCAAUUCCCGGUUUUCUAGAGACCAUAUAGACUUAAUCUGAAAUUCUGCCUCUUCUAAGCAUGAAGCUGAGCGUGAAGCCUUGAUGACCUUAAUCCAAGACAUCGUCCCCUGCCUUUCUGCUCAAGAUUUGCAUUACUUUUUUAUGAAGCUUUAUCUGCUUCCUUAUGCAGAAAUUGACUCCCAAGUUUUGUCCUUAAUUAAGUCCUUUGUACGGCAGAUGUCAAAUCUCAGGGCAGGUUCAAGGCACAAAUCUAUCAGAUAUGGGGAGACUGUUCUUGAAAUUUCGCCUUGGGCACAUGAUAAUGACCAGACAAGGCAUAUAAAUGUCCCUAUGGCUAAGGAGGAAUAUAGAGAAAUAGAAGAACAAGCCAAAGCAGUAGAAGGGGAGGUUAUUGCAUUAGGGCCACCAGAAAAUGAUUCUUAUAGAGACCAAAUGCAAAUUGCAAAUGAAGAAGAUGCAAUUUCGACAGCCCCAGAAGAUCAAGAUAGUGAAGGCUUUGAAACGAGCCAAGCCCUGGAUUUUUUGUGGAACUUGUGCCAAGAAGAAGCCUUAGACGCAGGAAUCUCUAAAACCAUUUCCUCACAGACCCUAAAAAUCCUGCAGGACUUAUUGACAAAUUAUUAUAGAUCUGAUAGGCUGAAAUUUAUGAUAAGGUGUAUAGAAAAUAUUAAAAAAAAUAGCAAUGUCCUAUCCUCAUGUCAGCUUUUAGAGCAUAUAUUAAAUUCAUACCCGAGUACAAGGAUUUCGAACUCAGUGACAGAAAGCAGAAAUCAUAUGAUAAAAUGGCUCGAAAAAGAGCAGCAUUUGUUGUCAGAGAUAUUUAAUAGCUUUAUAGCAUUCAAAAGAAAUGCAUUAGAACAAGCACAAACUUUACUAUCUGAAGGUGGCGAAAAACCAGAGGAAGAUAGAACUGAUGACGCUUAUUCUACCUGCUCCAGUGGUGAAGAAGAAGAUGAAAGCAGAAAGAAAAAAUACGAAGCCAUUUUUAAACAAAUUCAAGUCUCUAAAGAUAUGGACGUGAACUAUAUUGAAGAAAUAAAAAUGAGACUGGAAUUUUUGAAAUUUUUGUACUCAAAUUCCUCAGAAAGUAUUCAUCCUAAGCAUGCCCAGCUGCUAUGAGAUACCUUAGUUAUUAAUUCAGCCACUGAAAGUGAACAUGAAGAGUAUUUUUCGUGGCUUGUCAAAACUUUAACUAAUUGGCAUGGAGACUAUGCGGCUUUUGACGAUGAUAUCAUACACUUAAUUUUUACUGAUAUGCUAUUAAAGCUUGACCCUCGAUUUUAUUCCUCAGGGGCUUAUAAAUGCUUUGAAACUGUAUUUAUCAAUAUCAAUAAGCAGCAUGGGCUACUAUAUAAGUAUGAUUUUGAUGAAGAAAUUGAUGUAAAAGACAUCACUUUAUUAGGGAUCCAAGCACUAUGGGAACUUAUUUUGCAAGCUAGGAUUGAGUCUGUAUUUAAGGACGCCUCAAAAUUGCUAAACCAUCUGUAUAAAGGUCUGAGAAAAUGCACCCCAGAUAUCCAGGAAGAUUUUUUAAGAAAUUGUAUGCAGCAUAUUAAGAUGGGGGCUGAAGCCAUCCAUGAGCUGCAAGAUGUGGACUCUUUAAAUAGAGUUUCAAGGGCUUUAUCAUUAUUAGUUGAUUUUAUUGAAGAUUUUGGCUUAAAAUAUUCUAACAAAAUUUUUCAUUAAAAAAAUUAAUUUUUUUUAAAAAAAACCCUGAUUUUGAAGGAAGAAAUUUCAAUAAAGCAGCCGACAAUGGAUUUCCUAUAGAAAUUGUGGUGGAUAAUAAAAUUGAUGGAGCUAUGCCUCCUAAGAUAUUUAACGUUACCUUAUACAGUGAAAUGCCUAUUGGCGACGCAAAAAAACUAAUUGCAAGCAAGCUUAAUCCACCUAUGCCGGUAAGCUCUUUACAAAUCAUCAACAUGGGCAAAAUCCUUGACGCUCGAAAAGACGCUAAAACAGUCAGUGAGCUUGGAAUAAUUGAAAAAGCCAGAUUUUUAGUAUUCGAAAUCAGAAAAGAUUUCGACACUUAUGAAUACGAAUCAGGCAUGCCAGCCCCAGACGAGCAGUUUGUAGUAAGACCUGAAGAUUUAGAGUCCUUAAAACUUCUAUUUGAAGGUGCUGAAGAUGAUCUACUCAAACUUGCUUUAGAAAAAGUCUGUGGGUCUAUUAAUGACGCAGUAGAUUUACUACUCGACGAAGAAAGCAAAAUGAAGCUUCAAAAGCAAUUAAAUGAAGCUGCAAAAGUCGCGGUCAAGCCAAAAGUAGCCGAAACAUAUAGACUAACUCCCCCCCCCCUCCGUGAGCGAACAAAACCAUUAGAAAAAUCGCCAUUUUUUGACAAAAACCCACCCUCCGUGAGUGAACAAAAAUUUUUUUAAUAGAAAAAAUUUUAAUGGAAAAAAAUUUUGAUAUAUAAGUGAUAAUUAGUAUAAUGAAAUCUAGAGCUAAUUCUGUUUAAUUUUAAACAAAUUGCGUUUUAAAACAUAAAUUUUGCAAAUUAAAUUAAUAUUUGCUUCCCAAUUUUUGCAAAUUAGGAUUUUUUUAAAUUUCGAAAAAAAUAUUUUUUUAUAAAAUUUAUAUAUAAAUUUUUUUUAAAAAAAAAAAAUUAACCCCCCUCCGUGAGCGAGGGGGGGGAGUAAGCAAUAUUUUGAGCAAUACCAAUGAAUAUUUUAACUUGCUUUUCGAGCUCUUUGAGUUAGGGAAUUCUGCGAUAAAUUCCCAAAUUUGGAUCCUUUUAAAUAAAAUCCCAGUAAACCAAGAAAUGUAUGAAGGCAUAAAAACGUUAAAAGUUCAUAUAGAAACGGCUGAAGCUGACUGGAAUUCUUUACUUGACAAGUCUUGUAUGUAUAAGCUUCUUUACUCUUUACAAAUUGUUAACUCCUUUAUUCUGCUACCUGAAGACUCUACACAAACUCAUGAAGAAAUCGAAGAAAGACAGUCCUGGAGGGCCAAAUUCCUCGACUUAGGCGGUUUUCAUCACCUUUAUUCUAUUUUAAUGAACUCUCAGCAGUUUCAGAUGUCAUCAGAACAGUACAAAUCCAACGCAAAAUGUGUCGGAUUUCUGCUUAAUGUUGUAAAACUGUUUAUUCAGGCGGCUUUGUUAAGUGAGCCUUGUGAGGAUCUGCAGAAUAUUUUUAGCCCAGAAAAAUUAAAAAAAUCAAAUUCACAAGGCAAAGAUUCGAAUAUUUUGGAAGAAGAAUUGCCAAGCUUAAUAAGAAAAAUGGGCUACGGGCUAUUUGGUCGGACUAUUUACCUGUUAUUUUUGGUCAGAUUUUUUCCCUCGUAAUAAAUUUGAUAGAAUUUUUUAUGGUUUUUUGCCAAUUUCUCACUAAAAAGUUACAAUAAAAAGUCCGAUAUGAUGAAAAAGUUCUUACUCCCCCCCCUCCAUGAGUGAACAAAAAAAUUUUGUUCACUCACGGAGGGGGGUUAAUUUUUUUUUUUUAAAAAAUUUAUAUAUAAAUUUUAUAGAAAAAUUUUUUUUUCGAAAUUUAAAAAAAUCCUAAUUUGCAAAAAUUGGGAAGCAAAUAUAUUAAUUUAAUUUUAUAAAAUUUAUGUUUUUAAAGCGCAAUUUGUUUAAAAUGAAACAGAAUUAGCUCUAGAUUUCAUUAUACUAAUUAUCACUUUAUAUAUCAAAUUUUUUUUCCAUAAAAAAUUUUUGUUCACUCACGGAGGGUCAAAAAAAUAGCGAUUUUUCUAAUGGUUUUGUUCACUCACGGAGGGGGGGGGGAGUUAUAAAAUAACUGGCAACAGAAAAAUGAGUGGAGGAGCUGCCGAAAGAAUGAUUGAAGAGAUUGAUUUUAAUGGGCUAAUUUCUAAACUGAUUGAGCUUAUUAGUGAAAAUAUUCAGCUGUCACAUGAAAAUGAAGCGGUUUUACUUAUAGAGAGCGCUUUAGACUUAUUACUGCCCAUAGUAAUAUACAAGCCAAACUUAUUGUGUGACUUAUACGAAAAAGAAAGCUUUAAGCAGCUAAUAAUUGCAUCACUCUUAGUCACAGAAAAUUCUAGCAUCAGGGAAACUAUGAAAAAUACAUUAUCUACUAUUUCAGAGACCAUAAAAAAUCCUCCAAACGGCAUUGAACCACCUAAAGAAUUUUUAUUAAAAAUUUUACUAGAAAAAAUCCCUAAAGACUCCACAUCAAUUUGUGACGAAUUUUUUGACCUUUUGACGAUCAUUAUAGAGCUCUGCAAUUUUACAGACCCAAGCUUGAUGAGUGACAGCAUUGAACUGAUUUUUAAUAGAGAAAUGAUAGAAGACCGGACGCUCGGAAACCAAGAUAAAGUCCUUACAGGGUUCAUGAAAAUAAUCAAAACCUUGCUUAAUCUGUCACCAGACUAUAAAGAGCAGCUUACCGAGCUUCUUGAGUACACCUAUAAAUGCCUUUUUGAGAUCCCUGAGCAUGCGGCUGGAAAAUCAUCAAAUCCUCCCCCUAAAUGUAAGCAUGUCAAUACAAGAAAAGCAGCUUUUGCGUUAUUACUAGAAUUAAGCUCAGGAUGCAGCCAAAAUGCGACAGUUCUUUUGAAAAAAUUAUAUGAAAACCAUUCUGAUAACAAGCAGUCAGGGUCUUUUGAUAGUGAUAUUUCUACAAGGGCGGCUUGUGGGUAUGUCGGGCUGAGAAAUUUAGGCUCGACUUGUUAUAUGAAUUCUUUAUUACAGCAAAUUUAUAUGAUGCCUGAGCUGCGAAAAGGGAUUUUAGAUACAAAAAUUGUAAUUAAUGAAGAAAUGGACAGUUUAGAUGAUAAUUUGAUAUACCAGCUGCAGCUGAUUUUAGCGAAUUUGAGUGAAAGCGAAAAGCAGUUUUAUGAGCCGAGAGGAUUUUGUAAUGCUUUUAAAGGGUAUGAUGGAGAACCUAUCAAUGUAAGAAUCCAGCAAGAUGCUGAUGAGUUUUUUAACCUUUUGUGUGAUAAGCUUGAAGAAGAAAUGAAGCCGACUCGCCAAGCAAAAUUGUUAACUCCUACCAAGCAAAACCAUUAGAAAAUCCUUUUUUUCAAAUUAAGACCCCUUUCGAAACCGAGUAAAAAAACUUAAGCCCCUCCGUUAACGAGCAUAAAAUCCUAUUCACUAACUAAGCCAGGGGGAUUAAGAAACCAUAUGGGUGGCAGCCUUGUCCACGAAAUUGAGUCUUCAGAGCCUGAUUUUCCUUACAAAAGUGAAAGAGACGAGCAGUUUUUCCGAAUUUCUUUAGACAUCAAAAAUAAAAAAAAUCUCUCAGAAGCCCUAGAUCUCUACAUAAAAGAAGACAAACUAGAAGGCGACAACAAAUAUUUCUGUGACCUUUACAAUCAAAAAAUAAAUGCUAAAAAGCGCUGCUUGAUUAACACCUUAGCCAAUACAGUAAUUAUUCAGCUGAAAAGAUUUGAAUUUGAUUUAACCAGAAUGGCAAGAGUCAAGGUAAACGAUUAUUGUGAAUUUCCUAUUCAUUUAAAUUUAAAGCCUUGGACUAAGGACGGCAUUAAUGGGAACUCAGAGAAGCCAGACAGUUAUUAUCAGUAUGAGCUUGUAGGGGUUAUAGUCCAUUCAGGAGGUGCAGAUGCAGGGCAUUAUUAUUCGUUUAUUAAGGACAGACAAGGUGAAAAAUGGUUUAGGUUUGACGAUAGGGUCGUGGAAAGCUUUAAUAUAGAAAAUCUUAAAGAAGAAUGCUAUGGAGGGGAGUCGACUUAUAGCUGGGGGUCUAGUAGCCAGUAUUACUCUAAAACAAAAAAUGCUUAUAUGCUUGUGUAUGAGAGAUUAAGUCCGAUAGUGAUUGAAGAAGAUGCAGAAAUAAUAGGAGAGUCCUCAGAAGUGUCGAAAACUGAUGAAAUUUUCCAGAAAAUUUGGAUUGAAAAUAUGGAAUUUUUCAGAGAUUUGCUAUAUUCUAGCUAAUCUUAUAGCUUUUUAAGUCUUAAUUUGGUGCAGAUUUGUAAAAAAUCGCAUUUUCUUAUAAUAUAAAUGGAUUUUUUUGCCAUUUUUACCAUAAAAAAAAUCGUAUAGGCAGUCCGUUAUGAACAAUAGACUAUAUUUUUCGACACAAGCUACUUUGAGAUGGUCAAAACUUUUGUUCAGAAUUUCGAAUUUGACCCUGUAAGCGAAAUAAGUCCCGCUAUGUCUGACUGUGAGAUUUCAAAAGAAAAAAGAAAAAUGACCGAAUUUAUCCUAAAAGACAAAAAGCGGCUACAAAUGACACCUAAUAUGAUAUCCCACGAGCCUGAUUUCCGAGAUAUUUACAUGGAGACUCGCAGUGAGCUUCUUUAUGAGUCAAUCCAAGAAUCUGACGACUAUGGUCUAAAGCUAAUAAAACUUGGCACCCUUUUUGCUUAUGAAAUGCUGAUAAGAGCCAAAAAUCUUGAAGCUUUUAAAAACUGGGUAGAAAUCUUAAGCAGACUCUAUAGAAACCACGCUCCAGCUUGUUUAUGGUUCAUAAAAUACCUCAGCAGCCAUAAAGAUAUCAUUAUAGAAGUGCUGUUUUAUUGUAGGGACACCCAAGUUAGGUACUAUUUUGCUGAUCUUUUAGCGAAUAUUCUUGCUUAUUCUUGUGAAAUCGAAAAAGAGCUGCUUUUUGACUAUGAAGAUGUCAUAAACCUCAAAAGUCUGCCGAUUUAUUCUUAUCAUUUGUCGAGAAAUGAAGAAGAUUUGUUUGAAAAACUCCCGAAAUCGGUUAGUGUUAGGUUUAUUGAUUUGUAUUUGACGGAGCUUAUGGGAGAAGCCAGGAAGAACUGGAGGAGAUUUGACGAGUUUUUUAUGGUUUUUAAGAAAUUUGUAGCUUUUGGGCAGCUUCAAUGCAAGAUUGCGAUUGAAAGGACAGCAAUUAGGUAUAUGUUAAAAUUCUUUAUGAAUGGAGCUAUGCCGUUCCCUGAUAAGCAUUUUAUGGGUGACCAAGCCACAGAUCCUGACCUCUCAAUUGUCUUACUCAUUUUUUUAUUUUUCAUAAAUUUUUAAUAAUUUUUUUUUUAAAAAUAUUUUUUAUCAUUUUUUUCAAUAUAAAAAGUUAGAAAUUUUAUCAUUAUUAAUUUGUGCAUCAGUGACUCAAAGUAUGAUUGAUUCAAGCUCUUAUCCCCCAGCCAUGCUUGAUAAGUCCUCUGACAUAAUAAUGGACUCUAUUACAGAAAUUGAUUUCCAGGAUUACAGAGUUUAUGGAACCUUAUUGAGAAACAUCAAAAAUGACGUAGUCACAAAAAUCACCCUACAUCUAGCCUGGUGUAACAUGGAAUCCAGCAUUUCGUUUACAGACGGGAUUUUUAACAUGAUAAUGAGCUACAAGGCCACAUUUAACGAAGUCUCACCAUAUCUAAAAAUUUUAGCAGAAAUUUUGAAGCUUGAAGAUGGGCAUAUCCAAGAAAGAACUGACUCCCCCCCCCUUUAAAUUGGAACAAAAUAUUGGUAAAAUUUUCACUUUUUUGUAAAUUAACCCCCCCUUUAAAUUGGAACAAAAUUUAAUUUUAUAAUAAAAAAAUUAUAUAUAAUUUUUAUCUAAAAAGUUUUGAUAUAAGUUAAAAGUUUCUUCUUAAUUUAAAUUUAAAAAUUUAGUUAUAUCUUGCUCUUUUUUUAAAGAAAAAAGUAUAAAGAGCAUCUUAUUUAAAUAAAUUUAUUAUCCUUAAUUGCUAAAUUUUAAAAAAAAAAUUAAUUUUUUUUUUUUAAAAAUUUCCAAAAAAAUUUUUGUUUUUGUUGAUAAAAAUGAUAUUUUUUAUUUGGAUAGUUUUGAUAUAAAUUAUAUAGGAAUUCUUUAUAAAAUUUCAAAAUUUACUUAUUUCUUGCUUUAUUUUAAAGAAUAGAGUAUAAAUAGCAUCUUUUUUAAACAAAAUUAGCACUUUGAUCGAUAAAUUUUCUAAAAAUUUUUUUUUUUUUUUAUUUUUUUUUAUAAAAAAAAAAUAAUAAUUUUUGUGUAAAUAAUUUUGAUACCAAUUAAUAGUGGCGUAUUAACUAAUAAUGAAAAUUUAGUUAUAUCUUGCUUUUUUUAAUGGAUAAAGAGUAAAUAGCAUUUUUAUUAAACAAAUUUUAUAAUCUAACUCGAUAAGUUUUUUGAAUUUUUUUUUUUUUAAAUAUUUUUUUAAAAAAAAUUAACCCGCCUUUAAAUUGGAACAAAAUUUUUAGUUCCAUUUAAAGGGGUGGGGAGUGAGAGAUUUUUGAGUGCCCAAUUAAUUUCUGGGUCUAUUGUAGCCAUGAGAUCGACUUUCCUUGAAAUUGUAUAUACCUUUCUAGGCUAUUUUUUAUAAAUAAUUAUUUUUCAAUUAUUUUUCUCAAUUAUACUACAAAUUAUAUAUAUAAAUAUAAAGAAAUCCACACAAUGUUCGCAGUACUUGUAGUAUUAUGGUGGUCUGACAUGAUGAACCUUGACCCUAUUAAAGAAGUCGCAAUUCGCCACGCCUCAAAAUUCAGGUGGAUGGUUGCUUUUAUCCAUCAACUUAAUUUUAGACAUUUGCCUCACAGCAUAAUCAUGGACUAUGAAGGAAAAAUGAGAAAUGUCAUUGACGAGCUCAAAAAAUCUCUGCCAAAGUUUGAUAUAGAAAUAAGUUCUGAUUCUGACGAAGAUUCGCAGGAAAUUGAAUUUUCGAAUGAUUAUGGGUUUAAUAAUAAUUCACAGCCUGCAGAAAACGCUGAUUCAGAGCCAAAAGAAGAAGAGCAUAGAGAUGAAGAUUCAACGUCAAGUGAUGAAGAAUUAACUAAUAUAAGGCUUUAA